AUGGACGAUCAUCAUCGAAAAUCGGCCGAUUUGCCGGAGGGGCAUAAAAACCCUCCCAGUGAAUCCGCAAGCGCCGAAUUCACAGGUGAGCACUUUUUAAACGAUAUAUCGUUCGAUUUCGGUGCUGCUGACGCGCGAGGAAAUCUCGACGCGUCGCAACACGGGAGGAGACAGAGUCAAAGACUCAAUACUAAUUUAAAUAAGAGACGCAGAACCGCUAAUGAAAAUUACGGAGCGCGUAGUUUUGAUAUACUUUCGUUAGCUGAGCAUCUCACCGAUGUGAUGACGCAAACCGUCGGGAAGUUAAAAGGACAAACACGACAAAUCUCUCAAGGAGAUGUCCCACAGAUUCGAGCAGCAGUUACACGAAUUAAGGGAGCAAAGGGUAACACCUAA